AUGCGUGUCCCACUCUUUCAAGGACUUGUUGUGCUAUACGUCGCCUUUUACUCGUCUGUUAUCUCGCAUGCCUCCAAACGCGCGGGGUAAGUGUGCGACCUAUCAUUUUUACUCAACAUCCAGUCGCGCGCAUUUCGGACCGACCGGUGUCCAUGAUGUAGUUUUGAUGAGGUUUCAAGUGAUUAUCGCGUAAUUCGUUUCUAAUUUUUACUGACCUUGUACAAUUUGCCCGAAUCUCCAAAGGCAUCCCAAAGAAGCCAAGUUAACUCUGAAACCAGCCCGAGGCCAGCUUAUGUUGUCUUCUGGGAAGAUUAAACUCGGGGAAGUUUAUCUAUCAGGAAUUGGUGCUCUUCGCGGUGAGAAGGUAGGCAACAUUAACGAUCUAUUGUAGGUCCCUGUGAUACAAUAUAGCAAUAAAAGCAAUCCAGUCGUGGGCUCCCACAGCUUAACAAAAUGAAGCAAGCAAUUAUUUCUCUUUUAUCUUGUAUGUUUGGAAUUCUUUGAUUGCCGUAUACCGUCAUAUUACCUCAAUUUCUCAAGAGCUUCGUGAUAUGAUUGUAGUCAUUGUAAGCCGAUAUCAACAAAUAGCUACGUAAACUUCAAAGUGUUCCCGUUUUGGAAUAAAAUAAAAAUAUUUCGUUUAACUCCUAAAAUACGGUAAAACUGAAUGUGAUUAAGUAACACUCACACAAGAAAACGCAAACUGGCUACUACUGCUAAUCAAUACUUUAGAACCCUGCAAUGUUAUUGGAAAGAAUCUAAGACACAAGAGCCGAUCGGAAAAGCAGGGGGAAGUGGUUUUUUUUUCUAAAAUCAUCGUCUUCUACUCAGAAAAAAAAAUUUGCGUUCAUUAAAUAGCACCAAGUUUCAUUUUGCUCUUAAUGUUUCCUGUGUCUGUGAUCGUGUUGCACGUACAUUGGAUAAAGGGAACUGUCAGCGAGGUCAGUGAAGUUUUACUGUCAGCUCGUGCAAAGCUAGGGAACGACCCUUUGAUACAGACUCUCUUAGUAUUUUCUCAUAUUUCCAUCUUUUAGGGUGAACAAGGACCUCAAGGAGACAAAGGCAGCCAAGGGCCUAAGGUAAAAAACUUAAACUUUGCGGCAAUUUCAUUGGUCAUCAUCAACAGGAGCAAAAAAAUUUAAUACUUAUUGAACAAAUUACCAUCAGUUGGUAUGAGGUUUGUUGUGAGCUUUUUGAGCAAAGGUAAAUCAGGCACUCCUUUCUCUGAACAAAAGCUAUCAGCAACCGUCGGAAAAGUAACAAGCGUACAAGAAUAUCACUUACAGCGGUCACAAGGCAGAUGCAAUCUUCAGUGGCCGGCGACCGCCGCCGGUUAUUUUUGAGGGGGCGCAAACUUGUCGCAGGGACUCCUUUGUUGACAUCUGAGCUGCGAAACUCUUAAAAAACAUUGAAGUGUUAUCGCUCUAUCUCAAAUAUUACCUAAAGCAAAAUGGAAUUAACUGCGAGCUCUUCUUCCCUCUCAGAAGUUGAAACGCAUAACAAAGGCACGUUACAGUAUCAUGAAAACCGCUGAUCGUCCACAAAUUGGUCCAUGACAAUGAUUUUUCAUGUCGCGUGCAAUUGGAUAUACUUGGUGGAAAUAAGCCGAUAGAUGUUGUUUAACCCCUUCAAAUCCCUUUACUAUAGAUAGUUAAGGCACCUGUAUAUCAUUAGUUAGCUAAGCAUUUUAAAUCGGCUUCGUGGUUUUUUUAAACAUUAAUCCUUGCGAAAAUAACUAUUUCUGGCGUUAGGGAAUGAAAAGGACCGUGAAGAAUUUCCUUCUUACGGAAAUCUAGGAUUACUUCCCACGGAAAUGUUCAUUUGAAGAUUUAUCUUUAUCAAGACAAAUUAUUUUUCAAAUGGUUUCAGAAUGUUAUAUUUGUUACCGAUUUGCCAAUCUCUUUUUCACAUGUAGACUGCAAUGAAGAAGAUAAUGUCUCCUCUUUUCUAAUGGAAAUUCGUGUCUAUACGGUAUCGACGAAUAAGCAAUAACACUUGACGGAUACUUGUAACAUACAUUACCCCACCACUGUUUCCCAUUGUUUCCUUCCGUAGGAAUUCGUGUGGUUUAGAGUAUAAUGUUUAUCUGCCUGACAGCUAAAAAACAAACUCUUCAUGUUGUUUUGACUCUGCCUGCACCAGGGUCGAUGAUAGUAACUGUAACGAGGUUUCCUCCACUUCCCUUGUAACUUCCAACAAUGCAAAGCAAUUUUGGAAAAUUUUAUUUAGCUCUUGUUUGAUGAAAUAUAAGCACUACUAGGAAAAAAAACAAUAAACAGCCCCGAGUUUUAAAGGACUUUCUUUCUAUUUUUUCCCUGAAAACACAGAACAGAGAAGCUCAGUGCUGCAUCAUAGUCUUACAAUUCAAAAAUUGGUGUGUAUUACUGAGAAACAAAAAGUGCGUGCAAACAGAGGCUCAAAACGAUCCUUGAAUGCAUGGAUCCACAAUAGGACUUAAGUAAGAGGUUUGCGGAAGGUUACUGGAAUUACACGACAUGCUCAAUAACUGACUCGAAGAGCAAACGAACUCGAAGCGGAAUUCCCCACUGACAGGGCACUUGCGAGGGUUUACAAUAUUAACCGCUAAUACAGGGAUUUAUUUUGUCUUCUGUGUGGCCUCUUAUGUGAAGAACCUUAUUUGGUUAACCCGUUGAUGUAAGUCUCAAAAAAUCAAUCUCUUCUUUUUAAAAUUCCUUUAAAUAAAAAGUACUGAGAAGAAAACUUCCUACUAGAGAGGAUUCUUUUAAAUGGUAACACCAUAGAAUUUCAUUCACAGAUUUAAAAGUGAGAGUGACAAAUAAUUUCCCCAUAACUUGGUCCAGGAGUGAAGGACGGGUUAAAGAGUUUGGCAGCGACAAAGGUCACACGAUCUGCCUCAGCUUAGAACACUAAUUCUACCUUAAAUGGGCUAUGGCGAGGUGAUUUCCAUUUUUUUUUUGCGUAUUGAUUCCCUUGGUUUCUUAAAGCAACUUACAUAUCGAUGCAUACAACGAUUCCAAGGGACAUGCUAGGGGCACCCAACGAGAAUAUAGUUCAAAACCACUUAAACAUAGCAUUGUUGAACGUAUCUUAGUAUUUAAACGGUGGAUAUAGGAAUAUUUUUAUCUCCUAAAAAUUUUUCAUCUGUUCGGAUUUCCUAGCUGAAAGUCUAAUGAUGCGAAAAUUAUAGGGAUCAAAACUUAUCUUUUUGAAAAUUUCAGCCAGAAAAAAGGCUCCCUUAAAUUCCAGGUGACCUUUUUAGGGUAAAAAUCCGUUAAAAAUGGGCAAUUAUACCAUUUUUUAGAUAUUCGAAAAUCCUAGGAGAGGCAGGCAAGUAAGAAAUUUUACAACAAAUGUUCCGAAAAGUCUAGAUCUCAAAUCGUCUUCCGAACAGAUAUUUUCCAAAAAUUGACGUUGGGUGCCCCUGACAUGUUAGUGUUUAAUCUUCGUUGAGGAUUUGUUCUACUCUCUCUCUCAAGCUAUUUAUUCUUCUUAGUUCUGGUCACUUUGGCUACUUAAUGAAUACAUUCUGAUCUUAAGAGCCAUUAGGUAUAUUAUCUCCGGCUACAGAAAUGUAAAUAAGAUAUAGACAGAAAGGGUUACGCUUUUGCAUCAACAAAAUGACCUUUCAGUGUGUGUUGUCAUGAAGCAUUCUACAGGCAACAAACCUUGUCCAAACCCUUUAACGAUCAUUUAUCUUGAAUUUUUUUUAACUGAAAACAGAUGCAUUUUUUCGUUUGGGCCUUAUUUUCCUUUAUUUUUCUGAAAACUGGUGAACGAUAGAGGUUAUGGCGAGAGGGUAGGUAAGCUGGGCAGAGCAAGUCCACAAACUACAAUACACCGUUUCUUCAACUUAUCGUGCAGUUCUGCAAGUUUCAUUAACCAUUUGGUCGUAUUAUCAAGAGCCAAAGUUUUAAAUGUUCCGUAUCCCGUUAUAUUAAGAAGAUACGGUCCCUAACUAUCCAAAUAAACACGAAACACACAAACGGGUGACAACUUGAAAUUGUUUUUUUCUUUCAUCAAUUUCCUUGGGAUGAUUACGCCUUGGGGUCAUACCUUUUUGCACGCAUCCCGCGGAGACACCUGUAGCAGCCAUUGAAAGUUUAAACUGGCAUAAAGUUACUUAAAAACAAAGAUAAAAAUUAAUGGCUGAAUCAAGGACGACAUAUAUCAUUGCCAAACCACGAGCCAACAAUUUUAGAUCAAUGAAAGAUGACUGGAGGAAGUGGAAUUAGCAUAAGAUGCGCUGUUCAAAAAUUGUGGCGACUAAUUAUUUAUUAAUUAUUCAAUUAUUUGCUGUCUCCGCGCUUAUAGGGUGAGAAAGGAGAUAGCUGUACCAGCGCCAGCACCACCACCAGCUACAGAAAAAUUGUGACAUCAACGCGUCUGGCCUCUGCUCCUUGCAAUUCUCGGCUGGAAGGCCAGCUGAGGUACGACAGAGGCAGUGGAAAACUGAACAUCUGCAGUCGGAAACAAUGGCUACAAGUGCAGACUGUCCUGCAGGGAGAGGUAAAUAACUCGCCACCCAGAAAGUCCUGUCUUGACAUUUUGUUCAGUGGUGAGAGCCAGGGUGAUGGUAUGUACUGGAUUAACCCACUUGGUGUGGACAACGAACGUAAUGCAUUUCGUGCUUACUGUGACAUGACAACGUCGGGUGGAGGAUGGACUCUGGUUGCCAAGAUAACCCAUGACUACAGCUGGGUGUGUCCUGAUAGAGAUGGAGCCAUGUGUCUUGGUUCUAAAACUGACCCUCUUUAUGCGAACUUGUUCCAUGACAUCCACCAACGGGACAGUGUAGACAUGUCUAUCAAAAGUAACUCUGACGCUGGAGUCCAUUUGAACAACACUCUCAUUCGAUUGCUCUUCGUGUCCGGCCGUCAGUCUGUAAGGUUCACUUUUGUGGGUUCUGGAAACGGUUGGACACCAUCAGAAGACGCUUACGCUGCCUUCAACCCAAGCAAAAAGAACUCCAUGUUCGUAGACCACGAGUGGGGAGAAUACACUCUUGAAGAUGUGGACUACACCUGGAAUAUCAUCAAACACAGCCGCAACGACAAGAAAUUCACUGGCAGAAUCAUCUGCUGGGGAAACAAGGUCAAGCAAUCCUAUCGCUUCUAUGAUCAUGGUCUUCACGCCGGCUCACCGGCGUCUGCACACAAGCCAUGCUUGCUGGACAAUAAUGAAAACGAGGUCAUGCUCAAGAGCCACUAUGCCACCCUACAAGACUCUCCUCUUAAGGCACGCUGGGAUAUGGCCCAGUUUGGCUUCCUUGGGGCCCGUCAUGUGCAGGUGCCCAAUAAACGUAUUGCAAUAUGGAUACGUUAA